AUGAGACUUUGGAUCGUUCGGCGCAAACACUGGAUCUCCGGCCUGUUUGAGCUGUUACUGCCUAUAAUACUGGGCGCCGCACUCGCGGGCGUAUACGUCAACGACUACUCACUGGACGACAAGCACUCGGACGUCGGCGGCGAUGGCAGUGGCGGCAGUGGCAGCACCGGGUGGCAGAAGCCCACGUACUACGAGCCCUCCGAGGCGUACAACAUGAGCAAUUUGCUGGAACACAUGCACGGCUACGACAUAUACUACUCGCCCAACACCAGCGAAGUGGCCAAUAAAAUAAUGAGCAAGUUCGUUAAGCGAUAUAACAUCACGGGUGAGGACAGGUGGGACUCCGGGUACUCGAUUAAAAGCUUUGGCAGUUACGCUACGGAGGCCGAGCUCGAGCACGGCCUGUACGUGAUGGACAGUUACCGGCUGUUUGGUCUGGUGUUUUUGGACCAAGGUGGCGACCCCUAUGCGUUAAAACUCAAGAUCCGAAGUAGGGGCUACUCUUGGAAUGAUCUAGUCAAUAUGAAACACCCCGAUAGAAACAACAGACCCGGUCCCUCGUUUUAUGAUAAUAGUGAGGAAUAUGAGAGCGAAUUUGCACGUGUUCAGUUGGCUGUGUACGAACUGUUUGCCGACCAUUUGGCCAAUCGGGCCGAUAGUCAGCCCUCGGCUACCGGUGUGUCCCUUGUUGUGAAUCAUAGGCUUCCUUAUCCACGUUGUAUGCUAUUAACCACCGUGUUUAAUCGCCCGGUGAUCGGUGUAGUGGUCAGUGUUGUGUUGUUUGAGAUCUCGCAUACGUUGCCAAUGGGUUUACUCAGCCCUAUGUUUAACACAACAAUUGACGUUGGUUCAAACAAAGGGUGGCUAAUACUUACCUGCUUUUUACCCAACUCAGCCAUGCAAUGGUUUUUCUCAGUUAUGAGCGAAUGGGAGGCAAAAGGUCAGGGAUUGUCCUGGGGCAAUUUAUGGUCAGAUGCGCCAAAAUAUGGUGAUUUUACCGGUGGUUUAGUCCUAUUAAUGCAAUUAGUUUCUGUGCUAUUUUACGUCUUGCUAAUAUGGUACGUGGACAAUGUAUGGCCAUGGCAGUUUGGUAUACCCAAGCCUGUGUACUAUCCCUUUUUACCCUCGUAUUGGUUUCCAAAACGGGGUAAAACUAGCGAAAGUUACGAUUCAAAAGACAAUAUGGAUAAAAAUUUGAAGCACUUUGAAAGAGAGCCGUUGAACACAAGGGUUGGCAUAAAGUGUGAGAAAUUGCAUAAAAUGUUUGGCAAUAAGACGGCUGUCGGCGAUAUGUCUCUCAACAUAUAUGGCGGACAAAUAACUGUACUGUUGGGCCAUAACGGCGCCGGAAAGACCACUACUAUGAAUAUGAUUACCGGUAUAUUCCCUCCCACUUCGGGCACAGCAUAUAUUGAUGGAUACGAUAUCAGACAACAGACUAGAAAGGCCCGGAGGAGUCUGGGUCUGUGUCCGCAGGAAAACAUUUUGUACAGUGAGUUGGAUGUGAGUCAACACUUGAAACUGUACGCUGUGUUGAAGGGCUAUCCCUGGGCUCAAGUCAACAGUGAAGUGCAAAAAAUCACAGCUUUGGUUGAUUUGACAGAUAAGGCAAACACUAUGUCUAACGAUUUAUCGGGAGGUAUGAAACGUAAGCUAUCGCUCGGUAUAGCAAUGAUAGGCAAUACAGAGAUCCUAAUACUGGAUGAGCCGACCUCUGGUAUGGAUCCGGAGGCGCGAAGACAUAUGUGGGAUGUCUUACAGAAUAUCAGAUCCGAAAGAACUAUAUUAUUGACCACUCAUUACAUGGAAGAGGCGGAUGCAUUGGCCGAUCGGAUCGCUAUUAUGAGUGAAGGAGAAGUGAAAUGUUAUGGAAGUCCUAUGUUUUUGAAAAAGGCUUUCGGCGCCGGAUAUCACCUCCGGAUCGCAAAGAACCGGCACUUCGAUAGCCAAUUGGUGCUCAAUAUUAUACGCAAAAUAAUGCCAAACGCAGACAUUAAGAGUGAAAUCAAUUCAGAGAUCAUAUACUCGUUGGAAGACAGCGACGAACGCGAGAGGAUUGACACACAAAGCCAAACCAAUGGUCAACUGAUCCAACUCUUCACGCAUUUAGAGGCCAGAAAAUACGAGUUAAACAUUGAAACCUAUGGCUUGACUGUCACCACAAUGGAGGACGUCUUCCUCCGAGUCGGUAAUGAAUACGGCGACACGUCUUCUGUCGAAGACAUGAGCAAAGGAUCCACUAAUUCACUGCAAGACGCGGACUUAUUGUCGCAUAAUAUCCGUCGAAAUACUGGUAAUAAACUAAAGGCACAACAGUUUUGGGCACUUUUGCUGAAGCGUUUCCACUACGCGAAGAGGUAUUGGCCAAUGAUUGUCCUCCAGACAGUACUUCCGGCCAUACUAUUCAUGUGUAUCUUAUUGUUGGAUCAGUCGCUGAAGAAGACAACUAUUCAGUCGUCCACCAAAAACCUUGCGUUGAAUUUGAAAAUGUAUGGCUCGACUGAGGGUUUCAUUGUGUCUGCGAAUAAACCGUUUAACAAUAAAUACAUUGAAGUUUCAAAAACUCAAGACAUGACCACAAAAGAAAUCACAGGAGAUCCCAACGAUUGGGCUCUAUCUGACAAUAGAGGGGCCGAUAUAAACAAAUAUAUCAACACGUAUUUAGUCGGCGCUCAGAUCAACACAACCACUGAUACAGAGACCGGCGAACAAUCGCUAACACUCAACCCCUGGUAUAAUCAAGAGGCCACUCAUUCACUCCCGGUGUCCAUCAAUUUCAUAUACGAAACACUAUUGAAACAGAAAUUCAAUGACAAACCAUCGAUCACACUAUACAACCAUCCGAUAUUACUGGAUCAAAGUUCAGAUACCAUGUUUAUGGUUCAAAUGACCAUGCUGGUCACGUGUCUACUGUUAGUGCCCCUAACGGUGCCAUUUAUCGGCGCCUCGUAUGCGUUGUUCCCAAUCCAUGAGCGCAUCACUCAAUCAAAACUAUUACAGUUAAUGAAUGGCAUAUCUGUUCACACGUUUUGGGCGGCGAGUUAUCUCUUUGAUAUCAUUAACCAUUUGUUGGCCAGUAUUAUACUCUUCAUUGUAUUCGCCAUUUUUGAUUUCGAUAAAAUCUUCAUGGGCAAUGCGAGCAAUGCGGGCGGACUAUUCAUACUGUUCCUUGCGUUUGGUCUGUCGGCCAUACCGUUAGCCUAUCUGUUCUCACUUCGACUCAAACAGCCCUCAACUGGUUAUGCAGUUCUGGUCGUCGUAUACCUGCUCUCAGGUAUCGCUCUCUCAAUGAUUGUGUUCUUCGUCUCAAUGCAAGCGCCGAAAGCGGCCGACGCUUUGGAAGGUGUGGCCAAUAUUAUGCCCGUCUAUGCCAUGAGUCACGGCAUACAGAAGCUGUACAAACUGGGCUCAUACGGGGCCGCGUGUGCCAAAAUCACCCCGGAGUAUUUAACACGAGUUUGUGAUCCUAAGAGUGGAAAGAUUGGCGAUGAAAAUGACGAGUAUUGGGGCUGUUGUAGGAAUCUGUGCGGACCCACACAU